ACAUCAUUACUCAAGCAUCUAAAUUUAAUAAAGAAGAUUUAAACUUACUGAAUGUGAGAUUUCAACCAGUAUCCAAAGACCACAUUAUUUCUAAUGAGAAGGAUGAAAAUUUUCCAAAACAAUAUGUUUGCUCAAAAAUAAACAAAGACAUGCUUGAUAAAGCAGAAUUCAGAUGUUGA